AUGUCGACAGUGAUUGUAUUUGGCCCGACUGGCCGCGUCGGUUCUGUCGCGGCACGCACUGCCCAUGAGCAUGGAGCCAAAGUCUUCCUAGCCAUGCGCGACACGCAGAAGCCCAUCCCAGGGCUGAGUGCAAAGGAAGAACAGGCUGGCGGCUUUGAAAGAGUCCAAGCUGACCUGACCGACCCCGACUCCGUCGCCGCAGCAGUUGAAAAAUCAGGUGCCCGACGUGCAUUCAUCUAUUGCGCAUUCGGGAAGCCUGACCACAUGCGGUCCACACUGCGAGCUCUCAAGUCCUCCGGUAUUGAAUUUGUCGUCUUCCUGAGCAGUUUCACCAUUUCAAGUGAGCCGGCCGACGUCCCACCCAGUGAACUCAUUGCCUACGUCCAUGCCCAAGUCGAGAUCAGUCUCGACGAAGUAUUCGGGCAGGAGAACUACGUGGCCGUGCGGCCGGGAGCUUUCGCCACGAACACUCUUCGUUUCAAGGAUGCUAUAAAUGCCGGUGAAGUAAAGCUCUUCGCUCCAGACUUCACGUUUGACCUCAUCACGCCCAUCGACAUGGGUCGCGUCAGCGGCACGAUUCUAGUGCAGGGUCCGCGCAAUAACCAGCGCAAGGUGUAUCUAUAUGGACCCAAGAUUUUCACACAUCAAGAGGGUAUUGGAGCCAUUGCGAAGGUCUUGGGUAAAGAAGUCAAGUUCUCGAAGAUCAAUGCGCAGGAGGAGCUGGAUGGGCAUCUCCAGGCCGGCGCACCCCGGCCGUUCGCGGAGUAUAUAGUGCGGAUAACGGGGGGUCCUGACAAGGGGCGUCGUGCGAAUUAUGAAGAGGGCGUUGAGAAUGUAAAAUUGUACACGGGCAAACCUGCGACCGGAUUUGAGGAGUGGGUGGAAGCCAACAAGGAGCUCUACAGCGUCUGA